AUGCACACCACCCGACACGUCAAAGGUGGUCCCCCAACCAUUUUCAGAUUUUCCAGUCUCACCCACGCUGUGCCUUUCUUUAUUAUGGGUUUCUGUGUCGCACGUGUGGAGCCGACUCAACCCUUACUGCGUGGGCCCCACACUCCCUCAUUUCCUUGUUUGUCCGUAUCUGUACCCCUUCCAACUAAACAUCACGUCACAUCAGACCAAUCCCCAAUUACCGGAGAAUUGGGCAUCUUCCCAAUCAUCGCCUCCUUCUUAAUUCCUCUGUUUUGCUCGCGUGCACACACACAAACCGCCUGCUUGUUGUGCCGCGGAAAGAGGAAGCGGAGCAGGCUUGGCUCGGCAGGAACGAUGACCGGCGGCGGAUCGACGGGGAGGAUGCCGACGUGGAAGGAGAGGGAGAACAACAAGAGGAGAGAGAGAAGACGGAGGGCGAUUGCUGCAAAGAUCUACUCAGGGCUUCGAGCUCAGGGGAACUACAAGCUUCCCAAGCACUGCGACAACAACGAAGUCCUCAAGGCUCUCUGUGCAGAAGCUGGUUGGAUCGUGGAGGAAGACGGCACUACCUAUCGGAAGGGAUGCAAGAGACCCUCCGCAAGUGAGAUUGGAGGCACUCCACCCAACAUAAGCGCGUGUUCUUCCCUUCAGCCAAGUCCACAAUCCUCGUCAUUCCCGAGUCCCGUGGCUUCUUACCACGCAAGUCCAACCUCCUCCUCCUUCCCCAGCCCCACUCGCAUUGAUGCAAACCCCUCUUCCUUUCUCAUCCCAUUCAUCCGCAACAUAACUUCAAUCCCAGCCAACCUUCCCCCUCUCAGGAUAUCCAACAGUGCCCCCGUCACCCCACCGCUUUCCUCCCCCCGAACCUCCAAGCGCAAGGCGGACUUCGAUUCCCUCUCCAACGCCUCCUUCCGCCACCCUCUUUUCGCCACUUCCGCUCCCUCAAGUCCCACGCGCCGCCACCACUUCGCCACUUCCACCAUCCCGGAGUGCGACGAGUCUGACGCUUCCACCGUCGACUCAGCCUCCGGCCGAUGGGUCAGCUUUCAGGUUCAGACCGCGGCGGGUCCUCCUUCCCCUACCUUCAACCUCAUGAAACCCGCGAUGCAGCAGAUCGCUGUCCAGGAGGGCGUGCAGUGGGAUUCGGUUGCGGAGAUGGGCAGAGGAGUGUCCGAUUUUGACUUCGAGAAUGGUAGAGUGAAGCCUUGGGAGGGUGAGAGAAUACACGAGGUGGGAGUGGAUGAUUUGGAGCUCACUCUGGGAUUUGGAAAAACUUGA